AUGCGCAUGCAAACCCUCAGGCGGCUCAAGUCCUCCGUGCAGCAGCAGCAGCAGCAGCAGCAGCAGGAGAAGAAGAAGGAGCAGCAGGAGAAGGAGAAGCAGCAGCAGCAGCAGCAGCAGCAGCAGCAGCAGGAAAGCAGCAGCAGAGCCCGUGAUGAGGUCAUACAGAUGCAGCAUAUGGAUACAGCAGCAACAACAGUAGCAGACACCCCUGCUGCUGCUGCUGCUGCUGCUGCUGCUGCUGCUGCUGCGUCGCCCACUACUGCUGCAGAAGCAGCAGCAGAUCCUGCUGCUGCUGCUGCUGCUGCUGCUGCCAGCCCCAUAUCACCACUCUUCGGGGAGCGCGACGUCGCAGAAGCGCGCAAUGCCACUCCUGGAGGCAAAGUGGAUAGAGAGAAGCUUGCUUCUGCUGCUCUGAGCCGCCUGCAGUCUCUGGGGUCCCCUGCUGCAGCAGCAGCAGCAGCAGCAGCAGCAGGAGAAGCAGCAGCAGCAGAACCAGCAGCAACAACAGCAGCAGCAGCAGCAACUAAAGCAGCAGAAAGCAGCGCGGGGCCGCCCCACCUGCAGCAAUGGCUUAGCGUCGUCUGCAAGCUGAAAACAGUGGUGGCGGUGGGGGAGGGAGACGACGAUCCCCUGCUGCUGCAGUUUUUGCGUUAUCUACAAAACCCUGAUAUUCAAUACACUGAGGCGGUGGUUCUAGCCGCUCUCAAACCCUAA